AUGAUGCAUGGGACCUGGACCUCGAGUGUUGUCCCGGAUGAUCCACCGCCUGGCAACCCAAGCUCGAUGCCAGGUUGGAAUUCACAGUGGAGUUUGGAGCAUCAGCAGUUUUACUAUGUAAACACAAGCACAGGCGAGCGGAGAUGGUACCUCCCAGCAGUCCCAACGCCUCCUCCGCAAAGUGUCCAGAUCAAAGCAGAAGCAGAACCGCAAGCGCAAACGCCGUCUUCAGCUCCUGCCCAGAGGAUCCAAAGAAAGGCUGUCGGCACCCACUCUAGAUCUGUUCGUUCCAGUCGGGGCUCUCCUACAGCGGCUGCGCAGAAUGUCCAGGCGAACACUUCCAGUGUUCGAGCGCCAUUGCCGCAAGCCACCGAUGGCUAUCUUCCACCUCCAACGGUACCAGGACCGUAUCAGUAUCAGCAUCAGCAUCAGCAUCAGGCUCCUCAGAUAGCAAAGCCGCUGACUCCUGCGCACACGCCAACUCCGAUUCCGAUCCAGUAUCACCAACAGCUUGACUUCAGUGGACAUUUUGCGUCGCUUUCUUUGGAGCACAACCAAGCCGGUUUGGCGAAUGCCCCAGGAGGAUCGCCUGCUCUGUAUCAACCACUCCAACAACUCCAGCCGUCUCAGACUACCCAGCCUCCAUGGAGCACCAACGAUACUCCGACGUCUCCCAUGGUCAACCAGCCAAACGCCCACAACUUCUCGUCUCAGCCAGCGAACACCACCCAUUUCCCUCCUCCACCAGCUGCUACACAGUACCAAUCGAUUACAACAACUCAGUCUCCAGAACAGCCAGCAUUUCCUGACAAUCGUCUGGCACCUCGAACCUCCCAGCCCAAUGUUGCCAGCUCUCCGUUGCUUCCUCCUCAGCCAGUACUAAACCACCUUCCACCUCCGCCUCCGCCUCCGCCUAGAAACCCGGUGCCGUUCCAACAGGCAGCAGGUCAACACUAUGCACCUUCUGAACAUAUCCCAGCCAAUGUACUAGAUUCAAGCUACCCUGCACAGCAGUCCACGACUUCUCCAUCACCUGUAAGCUAUGGAGAGAAACACAGCAGUCUUACGCCUCCUCUACCUUCUUCUGGAACACAGCAAUGUGAUUCGGCUGCAACACCUGGUGUUUAUCAGCCUGUUCAGCAACAAGGCAUAAGUGCUCAGUCAGUGGAGUCUUUCCAACAAUAUGCUCCUCCACCACCGCCUAGAAGCCUUCAGCAGGAUAGACCUUACCAGCAGAUGACUUCGCCUGUUCCUGGACAAUAUUCUUCUCCAAGUCAUGAUCCUCCUGCCUUUACUCAGUACUCGUUUCCGCCAUCCCCUCCACCCAAUGUCCAACAACUCAACCAUGAACCCGAGGACUUGGCACAAGCAUCACGAGCUGUUCAUCAGCAGUAUCCCUCCCCAACUCAGAACCAACCUGUUUCGUCCCAGCCAACUUCCGCCUCUACUCAAGGCACUGCCUUGCCCCCGCCAUCUCGAAAUCCUCCACCGCAACAGGCAAAGGAGAAUCAUGCAGAUUCAGUACCAGGUCAAUACACCGAUUCCACAGGCCAGCUCGUUUAUCAACAGCAAAAUAACAGCACAAGCCCAACUCCGCCUGCCAUCCGCAACUACCUAGGCACCCCGGUUUCAGCACGUAUCCUCUACCAGCCACCUGCGCAAACUCUGCCUUCGCCCAGCCCACCUUCUUUACAACGGUAUUCUUCCGCACCAGAGCCAGUUAAUGUCCAACAAGCAAACCACGUUCCUCAACCUGGCUACGCCCUACCUCCAGAACCCGUCAAGAAUCCAUAUGCACAGCAGGUUGCUCAUGCAAACUCCUUCUUCGGGCCACCUCCUCGGCGUGUAAGGACGCAGAGUGAUGCUGUUCCUCAACGUAUGCCUGUGCUGCAAUCUCGUUCCUAUACCCGGGCUCAGCUUCAGGUUUCCACUAAUCAGCAAUUUCAAGGCAGAUAUCAAGCUCCUGGGCCAAACUCUGCCCGACCGCCGCAGCAACAGCAAGAUCCAGGACAAUCCCAUAACCAGUACCAAUCCCCGAACCAGACUCAAUAUUUGCAAACAGCACAGCUCCAACAACCUCAGAAUCAAUCUCAAAUGCACCAAGUGAACUCACAAGCUCAGUACCAACCUCACUAUCAAAGCCAAAACCAACCUCCUGUGGCACCCCAAUCACCAUUGCCUUCUCCCUCCAACCCUCUGCUGCCACCCCGUAAAUCAUCUAGUGGCAUGAUGGGCAGCAUGGGAAGCAUGGGCAAGAAAAUCACCGGCUUCAGCAAAGCCGCCGCGGACAAAAGUAAGCGUUUGAGCGUCUCACAACCUGGUCUCAUGAAAUGGGGCACUAGAGCUGCAGUCGGAAUCGUCGCUGUUGGAGCACUUGCUCUAGGCGUUGAUGCUGUUAGUGACGGAAGUUUGUUUGAUGCUGCGGGGGGUGGAGGUGGAGGUGGAGAUUUUGGUGGGGGAGAUGCGGCAGCUUUUGAUAGUAGCACAGGUAGUGGUCUUGGAGGAGGGGAUACGGGAGGAUUUGAGAAUGGUGGGUAUGAGGGCGCAGAGAGUACUAUAGAUUCCCAGACUAUGGUAGAUGCUAAUGCUGCUCAGCUGGCUAUGGAACAGCAUGGGCAGGAGAACUCCAUGAUGUUGUUGGAUCCUGUGGGAACAGAGUAUGAGGUUGUCACUACAGGUGCCGAUCCCAGUGCUCUGAUCUGA